AUGCCAGGCAAGAUUGAUGCUUACGUGGACUGUGGUAAGUCACUGCCCCGGCCCUGCCCAGACAUCCCAGUAUGGUCGGAUCCGCUAACUUCCCCAGUGUCUCCAUAUUCUUACUAUGCAACGACAUACCUGAGGAAGAAUCGCCAAGCGCUUAAAUCACAUGGCAUAGAGGUGGAGUGUGUGCAUCUCUGGCCCAGGCCGUGUACAACAGGCACUAAUUGCAAGUCAGGUUCCAUCCUGUUUUCCUAG